CUGACCGGCUUCUUCUCUUUCUUUCUGGCAGACAAUUCUCGGGGAUCGCACAGCUCGGAGAGGAGUCAGCAGGACUAUCCCAGGGACCGGGAGAGACAUCGCACCCCUUCAUCUGGGGACAAGCAGGGCGGCUCCAAGAAGAAGACCCGGACCGUGUUCUCCAGGAGCCAAGUCUACCAGCUGGAAUCCACCUUUGACAUGAAGAGGUACCUGAGCAGCUCGGAGAGGGCUUGCCUGGCCUCCAGCCUCCAGCUGACAGAGACUCAGGUGAAGACCUGGUUCCAGAACCGCAGGAACAAAUGGAAAAGACAGCUGUCCGCCGAGCUGGAGGCUGCCAACAUGGCCCACGCCUCUGCACAGACUCUUGUAGGCAUGCCACUAGUAUUCAGGGACAAUUCCAUCCUGAGGGUCCCAGUGCCCAGGUCUAUAGCCUUCCCUGCCCCUCUCUAUUACCCUGGCAGCAACAUGUCCCUGCCACUCUAUAAUUUAUACAACAGCAAGCUGGACUACUGA